AUGUUGACAACAUGUGGAUUUCCGACAGUAGGCUCAACUCCAAGCUAUGACCAAAACUUUAUUAAACCAGAAAUCAAUGGACCAGUCGAAAUCAGCGACACAAGCGAUGAAGAGGAUCUGACAGAAAUGAAACUGGAAUUACCGUCUCCCAUUCUAGACGAUGAUUACGACAUACCACCUGAAUGGGACGUAAUGGAAGCUGACGAUGACAUUCCGGAGAUUGAUAACGAAUUAUAUCACGCCAGAGAGAAGACGAAUAAGCGCACAUCCACUGCCGUGUCAAACUUCGAAGAUGGUACCAAAGGUAACAACAUGGCAGGAACACCAAUGGAAUGCGCAAGAAAACGUGCAUUAGGUUCGAUUGCAAAAAAUGCACCGAAUAAAAAGUCAAAUUCCUCAAAACCAAUGGGAACGAAGAAGCGAUUCCAGUGCGAACUUUGUGCAUAUUCCAGCAAUUAUAAGGCUGACCUGAAGAAACACACCCUGAAAAAUCUGAAAAUGCUGAGCUGGGGUGACGAGAUGAACCAAAUGCUUACUGCAUUCGAAUACCAAGCGAAAUUUUCUCUGGCCAAUAUCAAACAGGCCCUCAAACGCAAUGGUUUCACGUUCAAUGCUGCCUUCAAGCAAUAUUUUUUGCGUGUUUCGUAUGAUCGGAUUAAGAAUACGUACGAUGAAUUCGAAAUAAAGUCAAUGUUCGAAGAUGAGAGCACGCCAGCAACCGACGAAUAUCCGAAUUCAUUUCACACUUCGAGUCAAGCCAUGAACAAUACACAACCAACAACCAAUGAACCAUUUGAAAUCAUUGACACGAGCGACGAAGAGGAUGAAGCACCGAAAAUGCAACGCGCCAUUCGAUACGAUGGCCAUGGCAUAUCAAAUGAAUCAAACGAUUAUGGUCAAUUGGACGACGAUGGAAGCUACACCGAAAUGUCGGACAUGAAAUCAAACGUGUUCUAUUAUCAAGGAGAUGUUUCGAGUAACAGAGAUGGGGAUCGCAUUGGAAAUGGAAUGGACAACGCAAUGAAGGCGGUCGAAAUGGAACGGGACGAUAGCAUUCCGAUAGUUGGCAUCACUAUGGACACAACGAUCCAAAACACAUCAACUGUGAAAUUGAACAAUGACUCAAACAACAUGACAGGAAGAUCAAAUGGACGUCCAAGCAAACAAACUGAAUCAUUGCGACGUAAAAACUCAACUUCGUCAAACCAAAUGGGAACGAAGAAACGAUUCCAGUGCCAACUUUGUGAAUAUUCCAGCAAUCAAAAGGGAAACUUCAAUGUUCACAUGCGUACUCACACCGGUGAGAAACCGUAUCGAUGUGAUAAUUGCCACAAAGAAUUCGCAAGAAUGGAACAUUUGAAGAGGCACAAAGUGUCUCACACUGACCAAAUUCCGUUCCAUUGUCGUGGCUGUUUCAAAGGAUUUUCCCAGAAGACCGAAAAAGAUGGCCAUGAAAAAAUGUGCAAAUUACGUCGAUACGAAUGUCAUAUUUGCAAGAAGUUUGUCACAGUCAACAAGUGUGAUUUGAAAAUUCAUAUGCAACAGCAUACUGGUGCAAAACCGUUUCGAUGCGAGGUUUGUAUGAAGUGCUUUAAGCGAAAAGAGCAUCUGAAGAAGCAUUUGGACCAAAUGCACACUAGAAAAAAUCCAUAA